AAAAACAUCCAUAUCAUGGCACUUCCCCCGCACGUCCUGAUAAACUCCUCUGUUAUGAUCUUGUAGGUUUAUUCUUUGCCACGGGAUAAAAAGAGAGACAUUAAAAUGAGUAAUCCACUGAGAGGAGAAGUUAUAAGAUUGUACAAAAAUCUUCUGUAUCUUGGACGGGACUAUCCGAAAGGCACUGCAUACUUCAGGGAGCGUCUGAAAGCAGCUUUCAUGAAGAACAAAGAUGUCACCGAUCCUGAGAAAAUCCAAAAGCUGGUUGACCGUGGAGAGUUUGUGAUCAAAGAACUCGAGGCGCUUUACUUCCUCAGGAAAUACAGAGCAAUGAAGAAACGCUACUAUGAACCAGAACAUUAGCUGAUGUUUCUGUCACAAGUGCCAGACUGUAUAUGUGUCAAAAGUUGAAUCUUUUGAAAUGUCUGUAUUUGAUGUGUUGCACUAUAACAGAUUUGGACAUAAACAUUUAUUUUUAGUACUUCUACAUCCUUGUCAGAGCUACAAUUGACUGUUAAUUGUAUAUGUUUUUAUGUAUGUUUGUAUAUUUAAAGACAUUUCAGUUUUUUGAUGUUCUAAGCAGGUGUUUGUGUAAAUAACUCUACAUCACAGAAAGCAAAGUUGGUUUUCCCAAAGGAUUUCUCUGGCUCCUGUACCAGGUCAAACUUUCCUGCACUGCCGGACACCUUUAAGUGCAAAUAAUGAUAAAAGUGAUUGGAAUAGUGUGAGUAUAUCUGUCCACUUAUAC